AAUAAGCUCAAAUGCCAUAGACAUGCCUGAGAACAGGGGCGGACUGGAAGGGGUGGAGCGGCCUAAACCCUCCAAAUAUAUCGCACUAAGCCGCUGCUAAUUCGAUAUGUUGCAUAGUUCGGAUGCCAAUAAAAAUGACCAACAUUGAUUUAUAAGCAAGGCAAGCCAAAUAUCAAUAUUAUCAAUAGACAAGACUGCACGGCAACAGCUUUGUUGAGUCAACUGACAAACAAACAAAGCAAAUAAACAAAGGCAACAAAAUGCCAAAAAGCUUCGUCUUGGCCUGCACUCAAGCGUUGGCUUAAACAUUCACAGCCAAAAAGUAGCAUCAAAAGAGACAGAAAUAGGGGGGCCGAGAGAGACGGGGCGAUUUGUAUAGACAGAGAGAGAGGGAGACUGCUCGGAUGGUCUGAGAACCGAUCGCGCUCCUCGGAUACGCAUAUAAAAAGCAUCUUCAGCUGGCUUACAAAUUUUAAUCAGCUGCCAAAGCUGUGCCAGCGAACAUCUUCGAUCAAAAAACAUAUCCAGAGACGGUUAAAAAAUAUCAAUUCAUUACUAAGAACAAGAACUAUGUUAAAAAUGGCAAUUAAAUUAACCUGUGCCUGGAUUCUGCUGCUGCAGUUGGCCAGCUUCGGCCUGGCUGAUGUCUCGCACUUGGAAUAUUCUAUUACCCCCAGCUCCCAGUUGGCCUACUACCACUACCCGGCUCCCAAUAGGCCGGCAGUGCAGAGGCUGCCACAGCCCCAGCCCCAGCCCCAGCAGCGAUACCAACAGGUGGUGGCCAAGGCUCCCCAGCAAUACAACCAUGUGGCCCGGCAGUUUGCUGAGCCUGCCCUGGAACAGGCCGCCUUUACCCAGGCUCUGACCAGUCAGGGCUAUGUGUUCGGAGUACCUUCAUCACAGCUACAGGUGGCGCCGCCAGCUCCUCCCCAGCCAAUACAGCAGCUGCCCAAGCCAUCAGGACGUUCUAUUCCCGCCAGUGCCACUGCCACCGCCUCAUCCGCUGCCACUGCCAACGCCUUGGAUGCCAACUCCCUGAAUCUUAAGCUGCCAGUGCCCUUUGGCAUUGCACCACUGAAUGUGGCACAGUUGCCGCUGCAAGCCGGCGCCCCCUACGCCAGUGUGCCACACACCACAGGACUCACCUCCUACGGCACACCGCAGAUACAGAGGCGCUGAAAGCAACUGGCCCUCAUUAGCAAUUAGAAUAAUAAUAAUAUUAGAGACAAAAGCCAUCCCGACUGAUCAUCAAACAGCGAUGACUGACUUCUCCUCGUAGUGAAUACAUAUUGUUAAUAAAACUUGCCAUCUAAGCUUAGUUUGGUCGAGAGUGUGUGUCUG